AUGCUUCGCUCUCUGCGCCGUCUUCGCUCUCUGCGCCGUUUUCUUUGCUUUUCCUCUUCCAAAUCAUGCGAGCCCACUGAUUCUGCGACACAUGGCACGGAAAACGUGGAAGAUCCCAUUCGCUUGAGAUCUGCUGGCAGAACGGUUGCUCAAGCCCGAGUUGCUAGUCCCUGUCUGGAGGGGCUUGGCAGCGUACAGUCCAGGACUCCCUCAGUUUCUCCCAGCUGUGACAGCAGCACACAGACCGAAUUGACAAAUGCCUCAGAUGGCGAAACCAGGGCAACAACAGUAUCAACCGGCACUGGCAACACUUCUACGCCCCCCGAGACACCUGCCAAGUCUACCUCCACGUCGAGACUGACCACAAUCACACCGUAUACCCCCAUCCUGCAGGCAGAUGGCAGUCUGCUGGCCCCGCAGGUCACAUUCGAUGGCUAUGGCUCCUAUGGGGGCCGGUUCGCUCCAGAAUCCAUAAUGGGAUUCCUAUACGAGCUGACAUUAUUCUUCGAGGCCACCGUUUCAGACCCUUCGUUCUGGGAAGAAUAUGCCACGUUCCAGCGUGACCGUGUCACACCACUACAGAUGGCUGGAAAAUUAACCAGCCUGGCAGAUGGGGCUACCAUAUGGCUGAAGCGAGAGGACAAGAAUGAAUAUGGCAGCCACAAGACCCGCAACAUAAUCGGCCAGCUCCUGCUAGCUCGUCGUAUGGGCCGUUCUGAGAUCGUCACGGAUUGCGCCUCGGCCAAACAUGGCAAGGUCACCGCUGCAAUGUGCGCACGUCUGAAAUUGCGCUGCGUGGUAGUCAUUGGUGCAGAUGAUGCUAGUGCCCAGGAGGAGGACGUGCUCGAGAUGAAGUCCCUCGGCGCUAAGGUCCUGACAGCCCGCACACCCUCCGGCAUGGGUAGUCUACGCGCUGCCAUCACAGAAGCCUUGCGGUAUGCGGUCUGCAAUCACGAAUCUGCAUACUACCUCAUGGGUAGCCCGGUGGGUCCCAGUCCCCUGCCGACCCUGGCUCGCACGUUCCAAGCCCUUCUAGGCGACGAGGUUGCAGCCCAAAUGCACGAGGUAGCAGGUCGCCAGCCGGAUGCCCUCGUCACCGCCGUUGGCAGCGGUAGCGGUGCAAUUGGUCUCUUCAGACCGUUCCUUCAUGAUUCAACUAUUCGGUUGGUUGGUGUGGAAGCUGCGAAGGCAGCUGCCCUGACAGAUGGUGGACUUGGGGUACUGCAGGGUGCCCGCACUCUCCUGCUCCAAAACCACGAUGGCCAGAUCCUUGACUCGCAUUCCAUUUCACCAGACAUGAACUUGUCUACUGUGGGUCCUGAGGUCGCCCAUUGGAAGGACUCUGGCCGAAUUGAAAUUUCCACGGCUACCGACGCGGUUGCCCUGGACGGAUUUAGAACCCUUCAGCAACAUGAGGGGAUCUUGCCUGGUCUUGACUCGAGUCACGCAGUAUCCAAGGCACUUGAUCUCGCUAGAGAACUUGGCCCGGGUAAGAAUGUGGUUUUGAUGGUGACUGGGUGUGAUAAUAUCAGCGUACCUGGGUUGGACAUCUGA